AUGUUAAGCCUGCGGCAAUGCAGACGUGCAACGUUUGGGGCGCACCAGGAGUUCCAGCCUGCACGUGCAAAGCUAUACGCCAGGUUACCGAACGGCCACCAUCGCAGCACGCCCGUCUGCAGCACCAGCAGCGGCAAUACGUCCAAAGCUCUUGUCGCAGAUCCCUGCACACCAGCAGCAUCUAGCGCUGCAGUCAGCCCGGCGCCAGCGGAGACGGUCCCUCAACCGUCAAGCUCGGCCGAUGAAGCACGCCAGCUCGUGGACCAAGUCCUCAAGACCAUCGAGGGCACGGAUAGCGGCCUCCAGAUCAGCCCCCAGGCCCGCGCCCACGUGGACGCCCUCCUGGAGCGGCUUGAGGUGCUGGGGGCGGCUCAGCAGCCCCGGCCUCUGGACAACCCGCUGCUGUGGGGGAACUACAACGUGGCUUACACCUCAGUGGGCAAGUCGCAGGAGCACGGAGAGCCCGCCGGUGGUCGUUUCCGCGGUCGCAUUGGUCGGGCGCUGUUCCGGACCGCCGGACUGUUUCAGAGCGUGUUGAAGCCCGACCUCGCCACGAACAAGGUGGAGUUCCGGUUGUUCGGCUUCCUUCCUGGCUACGUGGGUCUGCGGGGCAAGGUACUGCCCCAGGGGGAUACGGGCGACACGGUGCAGGUGCUGUUCGAGCCGCCCAUGCUCAGCAUCGCAAACAGGUUGCACCUCAAGAUAGGCCGGUUCAGCUCCGUGGUCCUAACCACCACCUACCUGGAUGAGCGCGUCAGGCUGGGUAGGGGCAGUCGGGGCUCCCUCUUCGUGUUCACUCGGGGCGGUGCCGCGGAUGAAGCAG